CUCGACUGAUGCCGUGAUAUCAACGAUCCAAUGUUUUAUUUAAAUUUUAUGGCCUCACGUCUCAUGUAUACUUAUAGUCUCUUAUAGAAUCUAGAUCUAGAUCUAGUAACAAGGAUCUGAUGCUACAGGGGAUGUAACACGACAAAUCAACUAGCCUGUCUCUCUUAAAGUGCACCUUGUAGUGUAUGAUCGUCAUUCAACGAAUUGCUUCAAAACUCUGGUCUGUCCGAGUCGAGAAGCAUGUUAACAAUCGCAGUGCACGUACAAUUACAAGACCAAGUGUAACAAAUUUUAAUUGUUCUUGCUGAGUUUUUCCCCCGGUCCCGAGUCAACAUCAACUGACUUCAACUAUCAACUUCUCUACUUGUUAGACUUGAAGAUGAACCCUUUGACAAAUAUAAGAAAUGUUCAGAAGCUCAAUGAGAGGGAGCUUGAGCUGGGAGUGAUUGGGAAAAAGUCGUGGCAUGACGAAUACAAGGACAGUGCUUGGCUCUUCAUUGGUGGUCUUCCUUAUGAUCUGUCGGAAGGAGAUAUCAUUUGUGUUUUUUCACAGUAUGGAGAAGUGGUGAACUUCAACCUUGUUCGUGAUCACAAAUCUGGAAAGUCUAAGGGAUUUGCAUUCCUCUGCUAUGAAGACCAAAGAAGCACAGUUUUAUCAGUGGAUAACCUCAAUGGGAUAAAGAUUUUGGGUCGAACAAUCAGAGUGGACCAUGUGAAAGAAUAUAAAGUACCAAAAGACCACAAGAAUGAUGAUGAGCUUGUUUUGAAAAUGCGAGAAGAGGGAUGUGCUCCAAAAAUACAAGAGUCGUCUGAAGGUGAAGAGGAAGAGGAAGUGAUGGAAAAAGCUAAGCAAAUGAAAAAAGAAAAGAAAAAGUCAAAGAAGGAAAAGAAAAAAAAGAAAAAGAAGAAAGCAUCUUCAAGUGAUAACAGUGAAUCUGAAUCGGAACAUGGAGAAAGUAAGGCCCAGGUUCUUGAAGACAUUGAAAUCAAACGGGAGAGGCAUGAUGCUGGCUAUGACAUGGCUCUCAACAAUUCACGUGUCCAGUACGACAGAAACUACCCGGCGCUUGAUGGCCGAGGCGAUCGUCAAAUGAAAAAUGAAGAUAGAAGAAGAUUUCCAGGUAAAGAUUUCCCAAGCAGCAGUUCUAGAGAUCGACGCAGGUCACCUCACAGUCCUUCUGGUGAUGAAGAUGACUCGCCACAGAGGAAAGGAUAUAAUGGAAAGUCAGAAAAGGAAAGGAGAAGGGAUGGCGACAGGAGAGAGCAGCAUUCCAGGUUUGACCGGGACAGAGAAAACGACGGACACCAAGAUAGACAGAGAGGUCGUGAUACCGAUAGGUCGAGGGAACGGUUUCCUGAUAGACAGAGAGAAAAGCAAAAGUCUGAAGAUUCUGACAGGGACAGAGGAAGGAGAGAAGAUGAUCGUGAUCGGCAUGGAAGCUCGUCUAGAGGAAGAGACAAAGGGAGAGAUGAUGAUAGAGAAUACGAUCGGGGAAGAGACAGAGGGAGAGAUGAUGAUAGAGAUUACGAUGGGGGAAGAGACAGAUCUCAUGACAGGAACAGACGUAGGUGAUGUUCAUGUUUUUAAAAUAAGAGUGCAAAAAUAUAUGAUUUAUGUAUUUUAAGCAUAGUUGAUGUUUUGCUUGUUGUGGGGGGGGGGGGGGGGGUUAGUGAGUGUUUUACCACAUUUGGAACACUGUUAGUUUAUGUAAGUGCCGAAGAUUUAGAGAUUACAAGACAGUAACAGAUACCUUCCCAAAAAAUGUAAAAAAUGGAGGAGAGAUCAAGGACAAUAGGUGCUUGAUAGGAAAGAAGGAGCAAACCACACCAGAGCACCCGCCAACACCUACUGUUGAUGUUUUGUUGAGUCACAAAUAGCUCAUGGAAUAUCCAAAAUCUCUAGUGUCAUGGGAGGAUUGAGUGUUUGAAUUUGACGUUUGAUUCUUUAUAAAUUACUGUUUCUGUAUUGUUUCUGUCCGUCUGUCUUUCUUUUUUCCAGGACUAAACUGUUGUUAUUGAGUUGACGUGCUUCUGUUUUAUUUACUCUAAUUUAUAAUGCACAAGCAUCAUAGGAGGAAUGUUUGUUACUUGGCAAACUGUACCUUCAUGCAGAUUGAAAUCCCAAACUGGUGUGGGUGGUUGGCAGGUGCUCUGGUGUGGUUUGCUUCUUCUUUCCCAUCAAACAUCUAUCGUCCUUAUCUCCCUUCCUUCUUUUUUAUGUUUGUUACUCUCUUGUAAGAUGCGACUUUUUAUCUAUCCUGACAAUGUUAAAAUGGGUAUGCAUUAGACCGAUACCCGAGGAUGCUGUUCUUCCAUUAUUUUCUGUCUUACUUAUAUUUGUCUCUGGACUCAGUACUCUGCAAACGCUCCGUUAGAUCUGUCUGUAUCAACUAUCAUGCUGGACUACAGAGCACAUGGCUCUGGUUUGGAUACCCGGCUGAGCAUUUUUUAACACUGGUCAUUUCGUGGAGCUUUCAGAGCUCUCAACCCAUUUGGCUCGGUCUUAUCGGAGACAGAUGUAAAAUUCUAUCUAAGGUCCUUUCUCUUAAAUUUUAAAAUAAAUAAUCUAAUAGUGUUGAUAGGAACAUUAAAAACUCAUCACAUACCACCAGUGCUUUGUCUUCACAUUUGACAAGCAGAGGAAAGGUUAUAUAAUGGAAAGAUGAUCAUUGUUAUAUAUAUAUUAUAUUGUAGCGGAAGAUUACAUUUGUACAAAACCUGGAAAAAAUUACUCUUCUUAGAACCGUAUUUUUGCUGUUGAAGUGAUGUAGUUCAUUUGGAAAUGAGCUGCAUAAAAUUACAUGUAAUGACCCAUCAACUGUUUAUGUUAGUUUUUGUGUGUGUUUGUGUGUAUGUGUGUGUGAGGAUGAUGUGAUGAAAGCUAAUUUUUUUACAUAGGCCUACUUGAACAUGGAUGAAAUGUUGAUUUGUGUAAAUGUCAGGGUUUGGUUGUUUUUAAUUACACGUACCGCCACUAUGCUUCAUGUUUUAGAUUCUAAAUAAAGUAACGAUCAUGUCAUAAUACAGGAUGGUCGGUCCUUCUUCAUCUUUGUAGGGCACAAAAGAUUUCUUUUUUAUAUUGUUAUAUUUUCCAUGAUGUUUAAUUUGUUUAGAUUUUAAACAUCAAGUUUUGUUAAAUGAUUUGAAGGCAAAAGGGGUGGGAGACUGAGAGUGAAGGAUCAGUGAAAAAGAAAUACAUUCAUGUAUGGUAGACUUUCUUUACAAUGAAGGCGUUGAACAUAAAAUUUGUUAAUAACUGGAAAUGAUUUCCAAUUCCUUGGGUUUUUUCUACUCUUUACUCUGCAGUCCAAUCUCCCUUUUUAACACAAUAAAAAAAAUGCCACAGA